CCGGCAGCCCGUAGCGACCAGCGGCAGCGGCGGCUGAGGAGCGUCGGGGAUGCGGCUGGGAGCGGGGCUGCGGCUGCGAUGGGUGCGAUGGCUGCUGCUGCCGGCCGUGCUGGCGGCUCUGUGCUGCUCCGCGGCCGGGAGCGGCGGGCGGCGGCGGGCGGCCAGCCUGGGAGAGAUGCUGCGGGAGGUGGAGGAGCUGAUGGAGGACACGCAGCACAAGCUGCACAACGCCGUGCAGGAGAUGGAAGCUGAAGAAGAAGGGGCAAAAAAAUUAUCAGAAGUAAACUUGGAAAACUUACCUCCCACCUACCAUAAUGAGUCCAACACAGAAACCAGAAUUGGCAAUAAAACUGUACAGACUCAUCAAGAAAUUGAUAAGGUUACAGAUAACAGAACUGGAUCAACAUUUUUUUCUGAGACAAUUAUUACAUCCAUAAAGGAUGGAGAAAACAAAAGAAAUCAUGAAUGCAUCAUUGAUGAAGACUGUGACACAGGAAAAUAUUGCCAGUUCUCCACCUUUGAGUACAAGUGUCAGCCCUGUAAAACCCAGCAUACGCAUUGCUCACGGGAUGUUGAAUGCUGCGGAGACCAGCUUUGUGUUUGGGGUGAGUGCAAGAAAGCCACUUCAAGAGGAGAAAAUGGUACCAUCUGUGAGAACCAACACGACUGCAACCCAGGAACUUGCUGUGCUUUUCAGAAAGAACUGCUGUUUCCUGUGUGCACUCCAUUACCGAAAGAAGGUGAACCUUGCCAUGAUCCUUCGAACAGACUUCUCAACCUGAUCACCUGGGAACUGGAACCUGACGGAGUACUAGAGCGAUGCCCAUGUGCAAGUGGCUUGAUCUGCCAACCUCAGAGCAGCCACAGUACUACAUCUGUGUGUCAACUGUCCUCCAAUGAAACCAGAAAUAAUGAAAAAGAAGAACACUUAACCAUGGAUGAGAUGCCAUUCAUCGGUUUAAUGACCAGAGAUAUUCUUUCUGAUUACAAAGAAAGCAGCGUCAUUGAGGAAGUGCAGAAAGAAUUAGAAAGGCUGGAGGACCAAGCAGGUGUGAAGUCUGAGCAUGACCCAGCUCAUGACCCAUUGCUGGGAGGUGAAAUAUGAUGUUCAAGCACCAGACAGUUUAGUUAGUUCUAGAAACUUCUGUCUAGUGUCUCGCUUACAUGAAUCCUUAACAGAUACUGCUGGAUAGAAGUGCAAUAAACAUCUUCAUUGAGCAUCUGUUUUCGUGCACCAAACCUGCAUGUUCAAAUCAAUGUUGAAUUCACUCAAUCUUUGGACCAAACCUCCCAUCAAAGACAAAUAAGAAAGGUAUCGGUGUUCCCUCUGGAUUAAUACUUUCCCUUGUACAGCAGAAAUAAACGUAUUUACUUGUACUCAUUAAAAACCACAUUAAGCAUA